AUGCCCCCACUGCAUACUAAAAGCAACAGCAGUCACAUAAGUCUCGAUGAUAUCAAGUUUUAUGAUCCUGCACGUAGGACUAAAGCGCAGCGCACUGCGAGGCAAACUUUCACAGUAGCCGCUCAGGCUGCAGCGGAUAGCGCGUCGUUCUGUUAUUACCGGCCUCCAUCAGUUCCAUCCCGGCAGUCUUCAUCAAAUGUAGCACUUCCAUCGAGCUCUCCAUCCGUGUCGCCAUCACAAUCUCUUCCGCCUCCUCUUGUUCCUCCCGUUUCUCCUCCCCAUCCUGUUCCUUCUGUUCCUCCUGUUUCUCCCACUCCCGAUCCUCCUUCUCCUCCUACGAUACUGCCAUCUCCUCUACCCACAUCCUUGCCAUCCCCUGCAUCAGUCACGGUAGCUGCAGUAUUGCCAGGUGUUGCUGUGGCCAAGAAGGCUGCCAAUUUGGACGAGGUCUUUGAGGAUAUAUGGAAACAUUGCAUAAAUUUUGUUGUCUCUGAGUCAGAUGGAUAG